UCUCUUCGUUUGCUGCAGUCUGCAGCAACAUUGCAUAUUCUCUGUUUAGCAGAAGACCCGCCACCCUUUUAGCUUUUCUUUACAUCCCUCAUGCCUUCACUAGCAGUCUCUGAACCUCUUCUCUUCGAAGAGCCUAUAGACAAGAAGAAGAAGAUGAUGAAGGACAAGACGACGACGAAAAACACCGCUCUUCCCAAAACCGAAGAAGCUAAUUCAAUUGAGAAGAAGAAAAACAAGAAGGAGAAGAAUUAUAAGAAGUCCAUUGCUUCAAAAUCAUCUGAAUCGGAAGAGGACUUGAACAGCGACGAUUCAGAACAGAGUUUGUUGGAGAAGAAUAAGAAGAAGAAGAGUAGUAGCGAGCAGAAGAAUAAGAGUAAGAAGAGGAAAGCUUCUGAGGUUGAAGAAGAUGGGGAUGAUGAAGAGGGGAAGAGCGAGACCAGUUCUGAAUUGGGGACCCCGGUGAGUUUGAAGCCAAGGGCCGUCGGUGGCUUUUCGAAGAAGUCUAAAUUGAUGGACACCGACGAGGAGGAAGGAGAGGUAGUUGCCGAUGCAGGUGUCAACCCUAACUCUAUUUCUAAUUUCAGGAUCUCCCAGCCCUUAAGAGAGCAGUUGAAGUCUAAGGGAAUUGAAUCGCUCUUCCCUAUCCAAGCCAUGACAUUUGAUACAGUUCUCGAUGGUUCUGAUUUGGUUGGCCGCGCCCGCACGGGUCAGGGGAAGACAUUGGCUUUUGUGCUACCCAUCUUGGAAUCUUUGAUAAAUGGUCCUGCUAAAGCCACACGGAAGACUGGGUAUGGACGAGCACCUAGUGUCUUGGUUCUUCUGCCUACCAGGGAGCUGGCCACUCAGGUACAUGCCGAUUUUGAAGUUUAUGGUCGUGCUCUAGGAUUAGCUUCAUGCUCUUUAUAUGGAGGAGCUCAAUAUUCUCCUCAAGAGGUCAAACUGAAAAGAGGGGUUGAUAUUGUUGUUGGAACCCCUGGGCGUAUAAAGGAUCACAUAGAGAGGGGAAAUAUUGACUUCAGCUCAUUGAAGUUUCGUGUUCUCGACGAGGCCGACGAAAUGCUGAGGAUGGGUUUUGUUGAAGAUGUUGAACUCAUUCUAGGGAAAGUUGCAGACGUAAGCAAAGUCCAGACACUUCUCUUCAGUGCUACUCUGCCUGUCUGGGUGAAGCAAAUUGCGUCUAGGUUUCUUAAAGCUGAUAAGAAAACAGUAGAUCUCGUUGGUAAUGAGAAAAUGAAGGCUAGUACCAAUGUUAGACACAUUGUUCUUCCAUGUUCCAGUUCAGCCAGAGCCCAGGUUAUUCCAGAUGUUAUUCGGUGUUAUGGCAGUGGUGGGCGUACAAUUAUUUUCACUGAGACGAAGGAUUCUGCUUCAGAACUUGCUGGAUUAUUGCCUGGGGCACGGGCUUUGCAUGGGGACAUACAGCAAGCCCAGCGUGAGGUUACACUCAAAGGGUUCAGAUCAGGCAAAUUCCUGACAUUGGUAGCCACGAAUGUGGCAGCACGGGGAUUGGAUAUCAAUGAUGUACAAUUGAUCAUUCAGUGUGAACCUCCCCGUGAUGUUGAAGCCUAUAUUCAUCGAUCUGGUCGUACAGGGAGAGCUGGUAAUACUGGGGUUGCUGUGAUGCUUUAUGAUCCUAGAAGGUCAAAUAUUUCUAGAAUAGAAAGAGAAUCAGGGGUGAAAUUUGAGCACGUCUCUGCUCCUCAACAAGCUGAGGUUGCCAAAGCGGCUGGUCUGGAAGCAGCUGAAACGAUUAUUCAAAUUUCUGAUAGUGUAAUUCCUGCAUUCAAGUCAGCCGCUGAGGAGCUUUUGAGUACAUCUGGUCUCUCAGCCGUGGAGUUACUUGCUAAAGCACUUGCAAAGGCUUCUGGUUACAAAGAGGUAAAGAGUAGGUCUCUUCUUUCAUCCAUGGAGAACUAUGUCACUGUACUCCUCGAGGCUGGAAGACCCAUCUACACUCCCUCGUUUGCUUUUGGUGUACUGAGGAGAUUCUUGCCCGAGGAGAAGGUUGAGGCAGUGAAUGGUCUUGCACUUACAGCUGAUGGAAACGGUGCAGUGUUUGAUGUGCCAACUGCAGAUUUGGAUGCAUUCCUUGCAGGUCAGGAAAAUGCGGCUAAUGUUAGCGUUACAGUGUUGAAAACAUUGCCCCAGUUGCAAGAAAGAGAACGGUCAGGAGGAAGAUUUGGCUAUGGUGGUCGUGGUGGUGGUGGUGGUAGGUUCGGUGCAAGAGGUGGCAGUGGAGGUGGUUUUUCUGAUAGAAGAAACAGAUUCUCCAAUGGCAGAGGAGGUCGUGGUGGCAACAACCGGGGACGGAGGAAUUGAGAACAUUUAGAAACUAAUGCUUGUUUCUGCAGCUCAGGCCUGGACAAAGCCGGUGAUUGGUUUGCAAUAGAUGUAAUCAUGCAAAGAAGGGUGCAGGCAAGAUUGCAUCUGAUGA